AUACCUAAUUGGCUUAACAUAGCAAACUGUGCAAACCUUUCUACAUUUGUAAUUCCUGUAACUCCUGAACGUUUGCUCAACUGAAAGAAUUCCAACAGUUCCUGAAAGCAGCAACUCAGUGAUAUUAGGUUCAGUAUGGUAAUCUCAGGCACUGUGUUGCAGCACCCCCGUGAAGAUGAAGGUUGGUUGAGAAAACAGUGAGUGUGACGGAGUUCUACAGAAAACGGGCAUUUAUUCAGGCAUUUGGAUUAUUUUUUUAAAAAAAUACUGGUUUAUUUUUGCAGUUUGCUGUUUUGUUUUCUGUGUUUCUUGCUGAGAUUUGGAUGUGGUGCCCUGUCUGGGAUUACUGUAAUGAUCCUAAUAUCACUGAAAAAACACAGAAUUGAUGCUUUCAGGAACAGUUGGAAUUUUUUGAUCGCGCCAAUGGUUAAAACUUACGGUAUCUGAAGAUCGUCCGACCUUCAGGAACUCAUGUCCUACAGUCAGUACGAGCUGCCAACAUUGUCUCCAUGGUCACGUGGAUUUGUCUCCUGGCUCUAUCAGUUCCUUACACCAUCCUGUUUUUCAUCACCCAGAAACCUCUGACCUCUAUCCCCAACCACUGUGGGCUCCUCUUUAGUGCAUCAGUUAGUCUGAUGUUUAAAAUCAUCCACACCCUCUGCACCAUCAUCUUCCUGUUGGUUUCCAUAUCCCUGGUCUUCUUCUACUACAGCAUUUCCCGCAGGGUGUUCCAGGCACAGCAGAGUCAGCUGGCCUCCUCUGAGAAGCUGGUGAAGUCUCGCAGGAACAUGUUGGUGCUGGUCAGCAUCUUCUGUGUUUGUUUUGUCCCCUAUCACCUGGUUCGAGUGCCAUUUGUUUUUCUGUUGAACACCUGCUCUGUGGAACCAGUGUUGUACUACCUGAUGGAGGCGGCCACCAUGGUGUCAGUUUUCAACGUCUGUCUGGACCCUCUUGUUUACUUUUUCCUCUGUAAGAGUUUUCGGGCUCAGGUGAAUCGGAGGAUGGUGUCAAUAAGGACAAACAUCCAACAAGCAAACCAGGAGAAUUAGAGCAGCAAGAAGCAGGUGUUACAGCAACAAUUUAAACCAAUGAGCUGUAAGUAAAAGGUCAACAUUUCAUGAACUUGAAAGAUUUACAUUUUUUUAGAGUCAGAUUAGACCAGUGAGGUCAUGGAUCCCAAGCACUCAUGAACCACAGGAGGUUUUGCUGAAAUAUCAUUAUGAGUCUAAACUCAACACUAACACACUCCCACACAGAUAUCAUAAGUUCAUGUUGCUAGCUUUCAGCUAUGGAGCCAUGAAGAAGCUUAAUCAGCCUAUGGUCAAAUUUAAUAAAAGAAUAAGUACCAAAUCUUGAUUAGUUAGAAAAAAGAAAAAUCAAACAGCUUUAAGUUUAAUAU